UUUCUACCAAUGAAUCAUAAGCCUUUAACUCAGAACGAACCUUUAACAAUAAACCCUUCCGAUAAUAACAGGAAGGGCAACAACUUCUUUAAGGAUGUUGACAAAUAUCUACAGAGUGUGAACCAGAAGGGAGUCCAGAUCAGAGGAAUGACAUUUGAGUCUAAAGGGAUCAGCUGGAAGGGAUUGCUCGACUACCUAGCCACUAGAAAUAAUAAAGCUGGGAACUCCCCACAUCCUGGGAAGAAUUCCUUCAGGAUCAAAGAGGAGACAAAGGAGUCUAAUGAUUCAAUUUCUGAUAGCAAUAGAGGGCACAGGGAUGAUUAUGAAAAAGGACCAGGCAUUGGAUUAACUCAGAGAAUUGAGAAUGGCAUAGGUGGCAUAGCUGAAGAAAUAGAGAAAUCUCCAAAAGCAGAUUUUAUAUCAAUGAAGAACUUUUGUGAAGAUAUGCAAGGAGAUUUUGAUGAAAGACUGGAAAAAUUUCCGUUCCCUGAUUCUGAAUAUACUAAUCAAAUUAUCACUCCAAUAGAGCUUGAUAGGAGGCAAAGAAGGCGAAACAAAAUGAGAAAAGGAGAUAUCGAGUACUGGUACAUGAAUCAACAGGCUUAUUUGAAGAAGAAAGCUAGGAAUAUCAAAGUUGAAACAAAGCAGAAGGAAGCAGUUAAACCUACUUUUUCUUCCAAUCCUGGCUCUCCUAGAGCUAAGGAAAAGCAAGAGAAAUUUUAUAAAACCAAGGGAAUUUCAUAUUUCUCUAUUCAAGAAAUGGAGCAGGAUCCUAUAAAGUUUAUGCUUCAAAUAAAGAGUAUGAAACAAGUUCCAGAGAACCUGUUAAAACUAAAAUCUUUUAGAGAACAUCUUUCUGGAGUCCAAGAGAAACUCAAAGAUUAUCUUGAAGAUGAUGAUAAGAAGACAAAUAAGAUUAUAAAUGAUUUAAAUUCAGGAACGAAACAGCUAAAUAUGAAGCUUCCUUUAUCAAUCAAGAAUUAUACACAGAGAAAUCUUUCGACUUGUAGUAUCACGACUAGCAAAAAGCACUCCAAGCACAAAGAUUUUCAUGCCAUAGGAUAUCUCAAGACAAUGAUUAAAUAAGCUCAGAAAAAGUUCAGAACAGAGAAGACCAUUAGGCAAUGCUAUGAGUCAGAAUAAUCUAUCCAGAAAGAAAUUGCCUUUGAGAAGUACUGUGAGAGGCAGGAAAGUGAUUUCUCCAACUCCUUUAAGGAGAAAAAUUACGUCUCCAGAUUACUUGCUGUCAAACACUCAGGUGCAUAACCUCAUCAGGUCGACCUCAAAGACGCCGUCGUCUCCAAAGGGGGUUCUGAAGAACAUCCAGUACCAAAAUUUUCAAGUGAUUGCUGAGAAACUAUUGAAAUAAUUUUUCAACCAGG